GGGACAGUCAGGGAAAUAACAUUUUUUUGUUUUGUUUAGGGUGAACCAGGAUUGCCUGGAGAAGAAGGACUGACUGGCCCAAAGGGUAAAAAAGGCCAAGCAGGUGUCAAAGGGGAGAAGGGGGAGCCUGGAGAAAUGGGGCCGAAGGGACUUCAAGGAAUUGCUGGUCUUCCAGGAAUGGUGGGGCAGAAAGGAGACCAAGGAAGUCAGGGCUUUCCAGGUGCUCCGGCCAUGGGGGGGAAUGUAGGUUUAUCCGGCAAACCUGGCCCAAAGGGGGAAAUGGGUCCGAGGGGAGAGAAAGGUGAACCAGGAAUACCUGGGAAACCAGGAGAGACCGGACUAAGAGGUAAAGAUGGAGAAGCAGGCGCCCCAGGAGAGAGAGGAAUCCAGGGACCUUUCGGGCUUCCGGGACGUCGCGGAGAACAGGGGAUCAAAGGCGAGAUGGGAGAACCGGGAAAGGAUGGGAAGCCUGGGCCGCCCGGGUCACCUGGAAGCAUCGUGUCAUCUCUGGAGAACAGCAUCACCAACAAAGGCGAUAAGGGAGAUCCAGGGGAAACAGGCCUGAAAGGAGAGAGAGGCCCUCCAGGUCCCAGGGGGCCGGAUGGUCUCCCAGGGCCUGCAGGUGGGACUCCGCUGGAUAACAUGUCAGAAAAGGGGACAAAAGGGGAAAAGGGAGAUCCUGGUCCACCCGGCAAAGGAGUGGAGAUCAAGGAUCUGGAGAGACUUUUUGAAGCCUAUGGGAUCAAGCUGGCGCUGCUGAAGGAACUGACCGAUCUGCUCCUGAGGGAUGGGCUUGAAGCGCUGAUCCAGGGGCGAGCCAGCUCCGGGAAAGGCAAGCCUGCCAAGAAAAAGGAGGGAUCUACGCAAGCUACGAACUAUGCUGCUUCGUUGAAGUAUGAUUUUUCUAGCGACCCUCUUACCAGUAUAGCAGUCACUGAAGAAGACCUGAGUAUUGAUGUCGGGCAUCAGCUUACAGUUCCAGCAGCUGUAGGACAAUCUACUAAGGAUGUAACAGGUCAGAAGAAACCUCUGGUUGAUGGGACAACAGCCAUCAGUCCUGGUGACUACACCGAGGUGGAAGUAAUGGGGAGUUCCAGCCCACCCUACUCCUGA